AUGAUCGCCCUAGACUAUCAGCCAUUAUCUAUAGUCGAGGAUGAGGGUUUCAGGCUUUACUCAAAAUCUUUAAGGCCUGAGUACACGUUGCCUUCAAGGAAAACUCUCACAGAAUCAUUAGUUCCAGAAUAUUACAGCACAAUACAACAAAAACUCGUAGAUAUGCUAGACAACGUUGAUAUUUUGUCACUUACAACUAACUUAUGGUCAUCCGAGAGCAACAAAUUCUUUAUCACAAUUACUGCUCAUUUUAUUUAUGAUUUUAAGUCAUAUUCAGUUAUACUUGCAACAGAGGAAAUCAAAAAAGCUCACACUGGAGAAAACAUAGCUGAGGCUAUACGUAAUAUCCUUGAAAAAUUUAGAGUAACAGAUAAAGUCAUAACAGUGGUUACAGAUAAUGCCGAGAACAUGCGUAAAGCAAUCUCUAAGGAUCUGAAUAUGCACCACCAUCCCUGUGUAGCGCAUACACUAAAUCUCUGUGUGCAGGAUGCUAUAAAUAGCAAUGUAGAGUUUUCAGCAAUUUUAAGCAAAUGCAAGAAAUUAGUCGGUUACUUUAAAAGGAACAACAAUGCUGCAUACAAACUUAAGGAAAUUCAAGAACAAAUGAAUUUGCCAGUUGUGUGUGUAGUACAAGAUGUAGCCACAAGAUGGAACAGCUCUCUUAUGAUGUUAGAACGUUUGCUUAAGCUUAAAUUACCCCUGACAGUUGCACUUGCUUCCCUCACUGAUGCCGAGGAGAGAAAUUUGGAUGCUGAUGAGUGGAUUAUUAUUGAAGAGACAAUACCAGUGCUCAAACCUGCCUUGUCAAUGACCGAAAAGUUGUCUGGGGAACAGUAUCCAACAAUGUCCCUCAUUGUACCUCUCAUCAGAGGUUUACAGAAAUCUCUACAGAAAAAAAGUCACUACUACAGCAAUUGCAACACAGCUGAAGCUUACUUUGAUGGAUAA